CUUCAAUUAGAUGCACACUGCAACAUGGCGGCCAACAUAGAGCAAAUUUUCCAAGAUUUUAUACUGAAUAAAAUCAGAGAAAUUGAAGAGCAGAAUGAAGACAAAGCUGCUGCUGAAGAAGUGGGUGCCAGCAGUGAAGUGAGUGUAGCAGAAGAAGCCACUUCACAGAGAAACAAACAGGAAGACUCAAAGGGGACUGGUUCACAAAAGAAACAUAAGAAGCACAAAAAACACAAAAGUAAAAAGAAGAGGAGGAACAGAGAGAAGGAGGAAAAUGAGAGCAGUUCAGAGUCUGAUGCAGAACUGGAGGGAGGAAACAAACAACCAAGAAGAGGAACACCAGCAGAGGCAAAUAAGGAGCAAGGUGAGGAUAAUGAGAGUAAGUCCAGAUGCCACAAGAGACAUUCAACUGGAAAGAGAAAGAAGAAGAAGAGAAGGAAGAAAGGUGAAGAGAACUCAUCAGAUUCCGACCUCCAAUUCGUGUCAAAGCAGAGGGAUAGCAAAUGUGGUUUAAGCUUAUUGCCAAGGCGACGAGAGGAGUUGCCAGAUAUCAUCCCAAAACAGGACAGUUCCAAUAAAGGAAGAGGAGAUGAUGAAAGACAUGGCAGGAGGAGUUGUCGUUCCCGUUCACAAUCACAUUCCUAUUCUCAUUCACAUUCCUGCCCAGUGAGGAGGAACUCUCGCUCUUGUUCUAGACACCGUCACCGAAGAUCUAGGACUCAUUCUCGAUGCAGUUCACAGCACCACAGGACCAGGUCCAGCUCCUCAGAGAAGAGAGGGUGUUUGGAUGAAUCCAUGCGGUCCACUCAAGGUCCUUCAAAAGACCUCCAGCUGUCUCAGCUGGCCUCCAGCCCUAACCGAAGAAACAUCAAAUCAGAGCAACUGACAGAGUCAAGCGCAGAGCUUCAGAGCCCUGACCAAAGUGAAAAGCCAUCAGAGAAACAAGAAAAGGAAACAGAGGACACAACACAAAAACUAGGUUCUAGCGUAUCCAAGUCCAUGCAGAUCCAGUCCAUAUCUACUGAACCUGACCAGACCACUCAGCGCAGCUUCUCUCAGCUUAAAGCAUCAGAAUUCCCCGGGUCCUUUGCCACCAAUGUUAAAUUACCAGCAAAGAAGAAGAGGAAACCAUCCAAGUCUCCACAGAGGAAAAAAGAAGCAAAGUCAUCAAAGAGGCAGAAAAGAUCCAAGUCACCAUGUAGGAGUCACAGGGGGGGAUCGAGAUCCAAGAGCCCUUCAAAGAAGAAGCGAUCACGGUCAAGGUCAGGGGGCUGGAGAUCACGGAGGUCACGGUCAGCGUCACAGGGUCGGAGGAGGGCUACAUAUAGCCAGAGAGACCGUUGGAAACGAGAACCAAGUCACUCCCCUGUACUCAUCCUUCGCAAAAAUAGAUCCCCCACCCGGAAACACUGCAGUUUGAGCAACAGCCCUCAACGCAUCAGUGAACUGGAUAAGGACCAGUUGUUGGAAAUUGCCAAGGCCAAUGCUGCUGCCAUGUGUGCCAAAGCAGGUAUGCCCAUCCCUGCUAGCCUGAGGUCCACAGUCCUUCCCCUGGCUCUUCCAAGUAUGGCCAUGAAUGCUGCUAUGGCCAGUAUGACUGCUGCCACCAUGACAGCCGCUUUGUCUAGCAUGGGCACUCUGUCUUCACUGCUCUCACUGCCCUCCAGUACCAACAAGCCACCUCCUGUUCUUGCUCAGCCCAACAUUUCUGCUUUGGAGGAAGUGAAGAGGAAAGUAGCAAAGCAGGCCAACAGUAUCAGCAUUAAAGAGUUUACUGAUAAGUGCAAGAUGAUUGUGGACAGUAAAGGAGAGCUACCGGUGGCAAUGCCUCAUGUUUCAGAUGAAGAAGAUGAUGGGAAACCCUUUGGAGGAUCAGCUCUUCGAGAACAAAAAGCCAUCAGCUUCAGCAUCAAUAACACGACAGUACGUCCAGCAGUGCGUAGUGAUGCAGGCAUGGCCAAGGAGUUUCCUGUGUCUUCAGGGUCCCAACAUCGUAAGAAGGAAGGUGAGUCACUGGGUGCCUAUGGAGAAUGGGUUCCGGUUGACAAAACAGCAGACAAAGCUGCAGCUGCAUCCAGAAAGGCCCUGACCAGUAUUCCCAUAGCAACAGCCACCUUAGCAUCAGGUGAAACAGCAACAGCAGCAGGUUUAUCAGACAUUGUCGAACAGCCUGCAUUUGGGGGAGAUAAUGACAGAGUUUUUCCUGACCCACUACUGCAGCCAGUAGAUAUCACUCAGGCUGUAACUGAGAGAAUCAAGGCUCAGAGGCGAUUGGCUGAGAACCCCUAUGAUGUCAGUGCUAUCUGCAUGCUCAGCCGGGCACAAGAGCAGGUGGAUGCAUGGGCCCAAUCCAACACUGUUCCUGGUCUGUUCACUGGUUCAACUGGAGCGCAGGUCCUCAGCUCAGAAGAACUUUCCACCAGUGGACCACAAGCAUGGCUAAAGAAGGACCAGUUCCUCAGGGCAACUCCAGUAUCCGGAGGUGUCGGGGAGUUCCUGAUGAGAAAGAUGGGCUGGAAGACUGGAGAGGGCCUAGGAAGGAACCGCGAGGGCACCGUGGAGCCAAUAAUAAUUGACUUCAAGGUUGACCGCAAAGGACUGGUUGCUGAAGGAGAGAAGCCACAGAAGCAGACAGGGGGACUAGUGGUAACCAAGGAUCUAAUGGGGAAGCACCCGGUGUCUGCUCUCAUCGAGUUGUGCAACAAGAGACGGAUAAUGCAGCCAGACUUUGUCAUGGUUCAUCACAGUGGUCCUGACCAUCGCAAGAAUUUCCUGUUCAAGGUCACAGUGAAUGGUGUGGACUACCAACCACAAACAGCUAGUCCCAAUAAGAAACAUGCCAAGGCCAUGGCAGCUACAGUUGCCCUGCAGGCUCUGGGAGAGGUUCCUGUUGAUGGACCAGGACUCUAUACUGGCCCUGUCUUCACUGCUGCUUCUACUGGCCCCCUGUUCUCUACAUAGACAUACACACAAUAGUGGUACUAACAUAUUCUGCAUAUUUCAACUGUUUGCCUAUAUUCUCACUUCAGUUGGGGGAAAAUGACAGAAAGGGUCUUUCAGUCCUAUAAAAUAACUGGCCCAUGGUUUCUACGCUGGUGGUUUAUUUAUAAACAAAGAAAUGAAUAAAUUAUCUAGGUACACAACAGUGAGAAACAUGAAGACCAGUCAGGCUUCAGAUGACACAGAGUAUCUUUGUAUUGAUGCUACUUGUGAACGAUUUUAUGCCCACACUUUUUUUCACUUUGUUCAUGACAGGGUGACAAAAAUAUUUUUAAAAAGAUAUUGAGAAGUUCCCAUCGUAUUAAAUGUGGUUGGCAUGUAUGUAUGUAUGAUACUGUAUGUAUGAUGAUAUGUAUGAUCUAGUAGCAUUUCAGCCUGAUACAUAUUAGCUGACCAAUACAUAAGUCUAACCCUAGACAAGACAUGAGUUUCUCUGAAAUGGAUUUGUUGGUCAAAGCAAAGCAGAGCUAAGCUGGGCUGUUAAAUGAAAAGUUAAUAUGUAAAUUAAUGUGUCUUGUUGUUUAGCAACUUUUCUGUUGUUCUUGAUAGUAAACUUUAUGGAACUAACCUUCUAAAAUGUGUAAACAGAAAUAAAGAUUAUAUUUAUUUAAUGUGGUAGAGGAAGCCACAUUAUGUUUCUUGGUAACAA